AUGGAAUACGUAGUUGGACGCGUUUGUAGACGGAUUUGCUUGGACUUUCCGAAUCGAAACCCAGUGUUUUUGAGGAUUUUGCAGAAUCUCCUAUUUUUAUGGCCGGUUUCCACAUUUUUACAUCCUCUUCCGCCACAGUCGACAUCCUUAGCCGCCUCUUUGCCAAUACAUAGGAGAGAACGAGAAGAACAAGAAAAAGUAAAAGGAUGUUCCGAGGAAUGUAACCACUAGUGCUCUAGUGUAACCUCUAAUGUUGGUGAAGGAUACCGUAGUUCCCACCGCGAAGCAUUCUCUCCUCGGCGCUUUGAGACACUACCACUACAACAACUUGGCACCUCUACCAGGACCUUUGGGUCAGUCAGGCCAAACAACUACCAUGGCUGCUCCUACUAGAAUUAUGGCUCCUGCUUCUACUACAAUUAUGGCUGUGGAGACCUACUUGUACUUCUGAGAAAUGUAGUAAGCUAGCAUCUCUAGUACCACCAGAAAGGCAUGAACCAUGAAGGGGAUCCAGCUCACAGCCGAAGGGUUUAAACUACGCCGUAGGAAAAAUACGAAAGUGGGACAUAGACGCUGGAUCCUUUCAUCUACUUCCGAUUUACGUCUCUCACUGGCUUAUCUACUUUUUAUGCUCUAAAUCUAAUACCCGGAGCAAAAGAGAAGCAGCCUUACGAAUUUCGCGUGUGGCAGUGAGUUAUUACAAUUACGAGGACGCAGACGAAGACAUCCACAAUUCUAGAGAUCAACAAGGGAUUGGCACAUCUGGUGCCGUCCAACACCAUGGUGACUACGCGACGACGGGUCGCGGUGCACAACAGCUUGAACUAGACUUGCUAGAAUUAAGGCUCAGCUUUCAAUGGUCAUUGGGGUUGGUCACUGAGAUCGAAGAGGCGACCCCUUGAGAGGACAGGGGAAAACGAAGGGAAAGGGGAGAGCUUUGAACGGGGUCCCUUCCGUUCAGAGUCAGUGACCAUUGAAGGCUGAGCUUUAAUAGAAGCGUCGUGUCCUCAGGGAGUGG